UCUACCAAAACCACGGCCAGAGCCACCACCACGAUCACGAUCACAACCAUGAUUUCGACCACAUGACCCCUACGAUGGAAGAUGACUUGGAUCAUGAACAAGCCUAUGAUCCCGAGUACCUUGGCGCUCCAAUGUACGAGUCCGAAGCAGCACCCGACUGUCUGAAGGAGACGGCAAGGCAGCACCCGAGGGCGGAGCCUGUCAUCUCCGAGAGUCAUAGGACGCCAAACAUGAAGCACGAAGCUUCACUGCUGGGAGGCGACAAACCUGUAAGCCCGAACACAAACAUAGUCACAAACAAGAUUCAUGCUGCAGCUGAAAAACUGGCUCCAACCUGCGCUGCCGUGUCCAACGCAACCCACAAUAGCGCCAAUAUGAUCACAAACACUAGUCACGCUGUCGCUGACAAACUUGCUCCGGCCUGCAAUGUCGUGUCUGAUGCAACCCACAAGAUUGCAACUAAGAUUGCUGGCAUUGCUGUUGCAUCUCCGGAAACACAACCAUGUCAGGAAGCUAAAGCAGAGUUAAUGAGUGAGGAUGGUGGAAACCUGAAGGCACGGCUAAAUGUGACGGAUGAUGCCGGAAACCCGAAGCAAUGUGCGACCGGAAGUCCUCAAACAUACGAAAGAGGAGUUUCUGUGAAGGAGUAUUUCUUGAACAAGCUGGAGCCUGGAGAAGAUGAAAAAGCACUCUCACAGGCUAUAACAAAGGCCAUCAGUCCCAGGAAAAGCACCGGAGAGACGGGUGUGGUGGAUAAGGUUAAAGAGGCCAUCACUUCAUUUUUCAGGCAGGAGGAGGCCUCCAACUCAACAGAAAUAUCUGCAGACUUGAUUUCCGAAGCCUCUGCCUCCUCGGAAAUUGAAACAAUUGCUGAACCGAACCGUCUGGCUUCAAUCCAUGCAGAUAAAUCUGCAAGCCCGUCUGCUGCUGCUGUCGACACUUCAAACACUCCAACAGUUGUUCAACUGAAACCUGUGGCUUCAACUUAUGCAGAAAAACCUGCAAGUCAGUCUCCUGCUGCUCCUGACACUUCAAUCGUUCCAGCGAAUGCUCAACUGAACCGCGUUGCUUCAGUCCAUGUUCAUUCCACCAAAGUUUUCACCAACAGUACCAACAACUCACCUAUCAUCCCAGUGUACACCAAUACUCAUGAAGGUGAUUUACUGUUUCACUUCAUUCUUAUACUACAGCAAUACAGAGUCAAGAUUAUAUCAUUUCUAGCUGUUACAGUAACCUGCCAUAUCCUUAAUAUAUAGCCUAGGGAAACGGAAAAUACAUCAAGAAUUUCUAAUGAAUUCAAAGUAGGAAAACAUAUAACUUGUUCAUUGAUGUGGAUUGACACAGAUUAUGAGGAAGAAACCAAUGAUAAGAUUCUGCAAGCCAAUUGAAGAUUCAUAUGCAGCAAAUGACACGAUUUGCUUUUGGAGUGCCUUGCUUAUACACCCACCGAGAAGAACAGCAUUUAGCAAAUCGCUUUUGCUUUUGUGUAAUUUUUUGUUUUAUCCGGCCUGUGUUUAGGCUGAGGUUUAGAGCCUUGCUCCCACUAGUUUGUAAUACUGAAAAGAAAUGCAGAAAAGCUCAGCCAUUUUGGAUGAAUGUUGGAGCUUGUCUACAUUUCUUGACAUGUGAAUACCAGUAACAUGCAUGCUUUUGCAUAUCAAAAGCUCAUUCAUAAUUGCAGAAAACUGAUAAUAAUAAGAUGAGAGUAUGCUAUCAAUACAUUGCUCCUCACCAACUUAUUAUCUUACUGUGUUCCUGAUAAUUAGUGAUUCUGAUUCAACAAAAGAAAUACUUCGACUAUUCAACAUUUGAGCAAUAAUCACUUAAAAAUCUCACAUUCAAGUUAAUGGUCAC